AUGACAAGAAACGCCAGACCCAACAUUGUCCUGCUGAUGGCAGAUGACCUUGGAGUGGGGGAUUUGUGCUGCUACGGUAAUAACUCAGUGAGCACACCUAAUAUUGACCGCCUGGCAAGUGAGGGAGUGAGGCUUACCCAGCAUCUCACAGCUGCUUCCAUGUGCACCCCAAGUCGGGCUGCCUUCCUGACCGGCCGGUACCCCAUCAGAUCAGGGAUGGUGUCUCCCUACAACCUGAACCGUGCCUUCACGUGGCUUGGUGGGUCAGGUGGUCUUCCCACCAAUGAAACGACUUUUGCCAAGCUGCUGCAGCACCGUGGCUACCGCACGGGACUCAUAGGCAAAUGGCACCUGGGUUUGAGCUGCGCCUCUCGGAAUGAUCACUGCUACCACCCGCUCAACCAUGGUUUUCACUACUUUUACGGGGUGCCUUUCGGACUUUUAAGCGACUGCCAGGCAUCCAAGACACCAGAACUGCACCGCUGGCUCAGGAUCAAACUGUGGAUCUCCACGGUAGCCCUUGCCCUGGUUCCUUUUCUGCUUCUCAUUCCCAAGUUCGCCCGCUGGUUCUCAGUGCCAUGGAAGGUCAUCUUUGUCUUUGCUCUCCUCGCCUUUCUGUUUUUCACUUCCUGGUACUCUAGUUAUGGAUUUACUCGACGUUGGAAUUGCAUCCUUAUGAGGAACCAUGAAAUUAUCCAGCAGCCAAUGAAAGAGGAGAAAGUAGCUUCCCUCAUGCUGAAGGAGGCACUUGCUUUCAUUGAAAGGUACAAAAGGGAACCUUUUCUCCUCUUUUUUUCCUUCCUGCACGUACAUACUCCACUCAUCUCCAAAAAGCAGUUUGUUGGGCGCAGUAAAUAUGGCAGGUAUGGGGACAAUGUAGAAGAAAUGGAUUGGAUGGUGGGUAAAAUCCUGGAUGCCCUGGACCAGGAGCGCCUGGCCAACCACACCUUGGUGUACUUCACCUCUGACAACGGGGGCCACCUGGAGCCCCUGGAUGGGGCUGUUCAGCUGGGCGGCUGGAACGGGAUCUACAAAGGUGAUUGUGUAGUGAUUGACGGCCAGAACCUAAUGCCCCUGCUGGAAGGAAGGGCGUCCCACUCCGACCACAAGUUCCUCUUCCACUACUGUGGGGUCUAUCUGCACACGGUCAGGUGGCAUCAGAAGGACUGUGCAACUGUGUGGAAAGCUCAUUAUGUGACUCCUAAAUUCUACCCUGAAGGAACAGGUGCCUGCUAUGGGAGUGGAAUAUGUUCAUGUUCGGGGGAUGUAACCUACCACGACCCACCACUCCUCUUUGACAUCUCAAGAGACCCUUCGGAAGCCCUUCCGUUGAACCCUGACAAUGAGCCAUUAUUUGACUCCGUGAUCAAAAAGAUGGAGGCAGCCAUAAGAGAGCAUCGUAGGACACUAACACCCGUCCCACAGCAGUUCUCUGUGUUCAACACAAUUUGGAAACCAUGGCUGCAGCCAUGCUGUGGGACCUUCCCCUUCUGUGGGUGUGACAAGGAAGAUGACAUCCUUCCCAUGGCUCCCUGAGACCAUGGGGACCACGUGUUACCCACCACAAACUUACUGUUACAAUGGUCAUAGGAGCAGAGCUCACCUGACUGAUUCAUUCCAUUUGGGAUAAAAACUGAUGGCCCAACCCAUUGUUUUCUCCUCAGAAAUCAGUUCUUUCAAGAGCUCGGUGAAAUUAAAGUGGGCCCAUAUAACAGUGAACCUGGAGGGGAGCAUUUGUUGUAUAAUUUUUUUCUAGUAUAUAAUUGUGCCAUUGCCCAAGGAAAAGAGCAAAUCAAGGUGACUUCAGCAGAUUCUUGUAGAGCUUUUGUUCCUAGAAUUCAUGGAAGCAUCAGGUCCAAUGUCAUAAGUUAGAAACUUCUGCUUGCAGAUUCUAUACCCAGGCAUGCUAGCUUUCUAAUAAAUCAUGAUAAGUACUUAAUUUUUUCAUGAAGCAGAGGGUCACAUAAAACUUGAAGUAGUGCUAUUAUAGUCAGUUUGACUUCUUGAUUUUCUCUCUUUCCUUCUUUUCUCUUCCUGUCCGAUACACAUCUGGUUAUGAGAAAAAAUGCUGGGCUGAAGUUCUUGACUUUGCUUCCUCGUAGCUAUAUCAUCGUGGAAAUGUCUCUGUGAUUUGGUUUCUUCAUGUGUAAAAUAAGGAAAACCAGUGUCUACUUCACAGAGUAGCUAUGAGGAUUACAUGCAUUAAUUAAUGUGAAAUCGCCUUGUGUAGA